AUGGAGUAUUACGAGCUAUGCAAAUUAGACGAAACUGUACCUUCGAAAAAACAGAAUCCAUUUGCUCCAAAACUUCCAUUUAGACUAGGAGUUGCGGGCACCUCUGAGUCAGGAAAGACAAAGAUGGUAGUACAUCAGCUCCUAGGAAGUAAAUAUCCAAAAGUAUAUCUAUGGAUGUCUGGUGAAAAACGUGGUCAUAAAAUACCAAAAGGCGGAAGCAAAAAUUUUGGUGAAAGAUAUAUUCCGUCCAUGGAUAAGCAAGCUCCAUGGUAUGAAAAUGUGAGAUUCAAGCUAAUCGCACCUGAAGAUCUACCUGAUAUUUCAUCUUUCAAAAGAACUUGCCGAUCUACUAUUAUAGUCUUUGAUGAUCUUGCUGGGGAACCUUUGGCAACUCAGCUAAAAAUUGUUCCUUUUUUUAGAUCAGGCAGACAUGAAGGAAUUAGCUCAAUUUAUAUUGCCCAGUAUAGUAUAAAACGAAUUUUUAAAGAUAUGUAUGAUGAUUAUGAGCUUCUAGCAAAAAAAGUUUAUGAAGUGAUAAAAAAACAUUUCAUAAUUAUUGAUAUCCAAAAACCAUCUAAUGACCCCUUAUCAAUUAGAUUUAGAUGGGACAAACCUUUAAAGAAUUGGCAAAAUGAUUGA